AUGGGAAUAAAUGGUUCAUCACUUAUGACCAAUGCUAUGACCGAUGUCGAAAAAGACCUCUUAUAUUCACGGCAUCAUAUCUCAAGAGAACUUUUUAAAGGAAACUUUUCUUCUCCUGUACAAGAUGUUCUUAAUACGGGAUGGAGAGCAAGAGUUCUCCAUGUAAAUACGACGUUAGGAACAUGGUUAGCUGAAAUGAGUGCAGACUUUCCCGGAUGCACAUAUAUAGGGGUGAAUCCAACAAUUCCUUCUCCUCUUCAUGAAAAUGGACGACCUUUUGAUGUUGAAUUCGUUGAGGCAAAAAUUCAUGACGGGCUACCUUAUAAUGAUAAUACAUUCGAUUUUAUCUUUAUGAGGUUUUGCGCGUGGGAUUUUACUGAAAAUGAAUGGGAAAAGGUUGUAAUAAGGGAGUUGGUCAGGUGUUUGAAGCCUGGUGGAUGGAUUGAGUUCAUGGAUUUCGACAUGAACUUUCAAAAUCAAGGACCAACGUCGAUCAAAAUGCUUAAUUGUAUAUAUGAUUUACAACAUAUGAGAAAUCGGAUUAGAAGGCUUACUGAUAUAUGGGAAGAAUUUUUAAUGACAACAAAUCAAAUUCAACAUGUUCGAAAUCGAUCGGAAUAUUUACCAAUUGGCCGACAUGGUGGAAAGCUUGGCGAUGCCGCUUCACAGUUUUUUCACGAUUUUAUUAUUUAUCAUUUACCACGUUAUGCAAGGAAUAUGGGAAUUAGAACUCGAGAUAUUCCAAAUAUUGCUAAUACAUAUUGUGAAGAAGCAAACACAUGUAGAACUAUGGCUCCACUUGUUCGUGUUUUUGGACAAAAAAAAUCAUAA